AUGGAAGACUUUGACGAGGAUCUGUACGAGGAAGGCGACGAGUUCCUUGAGCGCAAGUUUGAAGAAGAACAGGCCAGACUGGAGGCAGAGGGAGAUGAGAGGGAUUACGAUCCAGUAUUGGCGGAAGGCACGCCGAAUGUCAAAGUCGAAGACCUGCCAACGCCGCCCGCAGACAAUUCACCAAGCUGUCCGAUUUGCAGCGUCAGCCUUACUGGUAUUGACGAGCAAGAAGCUGGACUGCACGUCAACAACUGUCUCGAUGGCAAUCCAACGCCGCUGCCAGAAAGGAAGAAGCCGUCAUCCCCACCAACAGCAAUUGUCAAGACCGAGUAUGCAGCAUCAGCCGAUCAAUUCAGGCGACCUGUUCGAGCGCCUAAGCCUGGCCAAGCCAAUCCCUUCGCAUUUGGCGAAUCUAGCAUUAACGGCGGGUCGGCCUUCAACAAGCUGAUGUCAGGUCACGCGGAAGACGCCGCAUGGGCAGAAGCAGCGGCUGCAGAGCACGCCUCGCGCGGCAAGCCUGCGUAUCAGCGAACUUGUCCCUUUUACAAAAUCUUACCGGGUCUCUUCAUCUGCGUAGACGCCUUCCGCUACGGCGCUGUACAAGGCUGUCAAGCGUACUUCCUCAGCCACUUCCACAGCGACCAUUACAUCGGCUUGACAAGCAGUUGGAGUCAUGGACCGAUCUACUGUUCUCAUGUCACUGCGAACCUUGUCAGGCAACAGCUACGAGUGGACCCGAAGUAUGUGGUUGAUCUUGAGUUUGAGCAGCCUAUCGAGGUGCCUGGUACGAGAGGCGUUAAAGUUACUAUGAUACCGGCCAAUCACUGCCCGGGCUCUUCACUGUACCUUUUCGAGAAGGUGGUCGGUAAGAAGACCAACGGCGAGCCACGACUGCAACGCAUACUACACUGUGGCGACUUCCGCGCGUGUCGGGCGCAUAUCGAGCAUCCACUGCUUAUGCCAGAGGUGCAAGACAAAAUCUCCGGCAAGACGAGAGAACAAAAGAUUGACGUCUGCUACCUCGAUACAACCUAUCUCAACCCUAAAUAUGCCUUUCCAAGCCAGCAAACCGUCAUCAAGGCAUGCGCUGAGAUGUGCGUUAGCCUCAGCAAGCACAGCGUCGACGAAAGUGACGGCUGGGAGCAGAUGAAGCGUCGGCGCGCGGGUGAAGGCAUGGUCAAGUUCGUCCGCAAAGAGUCAAACUCCGAAAUCAAAGAGGAGCCAGCGGAUGACGAUGCCGAGGCCGACGGCAUGAAGCUCCUCGCCAAUCCUGACGCCAGCCAGCAGGUCUUGUGCACGAAGGACACACCCUCUGCGCAGGAUGGCCGCGGCCGGCUGCUCGUCGUAGUUGGCACGUACAGCAUUGGCAAAGAGCGCAUCUGCCUCGGCAUCGCCAAGGCGCUGAACUCGAAAAUCUACGCUCCGCCGUCGAAAAUGCGCAUAGUAAGCGCACUCGAAGACCCCGAGCUCAACGCACGCAUGACCGGCGACCCACGAGCAGCCCAAGUCCAUAUGACCCCACUCUUCGAGAUCCGUGCCGAAACUCUCGACGACUACCUGAAAGACUACUUCCCCCACUUCACCCGCGCCGUCGGCUUCCGUCCCUCAGGCUGGAACUACCGCCCGCCUACGUCCCGCUUCCUCGAGUCUCCCUCCAUCGCAAGUGUGCUCAACGGCGACAACUGGAAAAGUAUCUACAGCAUGAAAGACCUCGUCCCGCAACGUGGCAGUACAAGCCGAGCGAGCUGCUUCGGCGUGCCGUACAGCGAGCACAGCAGUUUCAGGGAGUUGACGAUGUUCUGUUGCGCGUUGAAGAUUGAGAAGGUUAUCCCCACGGUUAACGUGGGAAGUGCGAAGGGGAGGGAGAGGAUGAAGGGGUGGAUUGAGCGGUGGGCGCAGGAGAAGAGGAAGAGUGGGUUGUGGAAGCUGCCGGAGGAUGGGAGUUGGUGA